UCCUUUCUUCCACACUCCAUAUCUUCUUCAUUCAACAUCUUUCUCUCUCAAAAACCUUAAAAACCAGUGUGUGUUUGCUUCGCUUGCUAAUUACUAUCUCUCUAAAUCGAUCUAAGCGUUGAGAAUCCAAUCUCAAGUCAAUGGAUCCGUGCUCUUUCGUACGGAUCAUAGUCGGAAAUUUGGCGGUUAGGUUCCCGGCGUCUUCUUCUUCAUCGGAGCCUUCUGUUUCCGGAGUCCAUCCUUCCUCCGUAUCGACUCCUAACUGCUACUGCAAAAUCAGAUUCAAGAGCUUUCCUCGCCAAGUCGUUUCCGUCCCGGUUAUGUACCGAUCGGAAUCUGAUCAGUCCGAGACUCGUUGCUCCGGUAACAUCUCCACCGUCGCUGCUUGCUUCAGUCUAAGCAAAACUCAGAUCGAGGCUUCCCUGAAGAAACCUAAGUGGAGUGUCCUCUCCGUCGAGGCUUACUCUCGCGGGAACAGCGACGGCGGCGACGGCGUCAGCGGCGCGUCGUGCGGUCUCGCUUUGGCGAGCGAGAAAUUGCUCGGUCGAUUCGAGGUUUCGCUUGAUUUGAAAUCGGCGGAGACGAAGACUUGUUUGGCUCACAACGGCUGGGUCGCUUUAGGGUCUAAGAAAGGAGGGAAAUCGAGGAGGAAUAAAGCUGGAUCCGAUCCGGAGCUCCACGUUAGUUUACGGGUUGAACCCGACCCGAGAUUCGUUUUUCAGUUCGACGGCGAGCCAGAGUGUAGCCCUCAGGUUUUCCAAGUUCAAGGAAACACAAAACAAGCCGUCUUCACUUGCAAAUUCGGCUCCAGAAACUCCAGCUCCGUCGAUCGGAAUCUUAUUCACAGUUCUUCGAUGAUGUCUGAGUUAAUCUCAACGAGAAGUUGCAUAUCGUCGAUGAAAUCGGAAAAGGAACAACCGUCGAAAGAGAGAAAAGGUUGGUCAAUAACAGUCCACGAUCUCUCCGGGUCACCCGUGGCGAUGGCUUCAAUGGUCACACCUUUCGUGCCGUCUCCAGGUUCGAACCGCGUGACACGAUCGAGUCCCGGAGCUUGGCUCAUUCUCCGACCCGACGGUUGCACGUGGAAGCCAUGGGGAAGGUUAGAGGCAUGGCGUGAAACCGGUUACUCCGACUCACUCGGUUACCGUUUCGAGCUUUUCCAAGACGGAAUCGCCACGGCGGUUUCCGCAUCGUCGUCGAUCAGUUUGAAAAAUGGCGGGAGUUUCGCUAUCGAUGUCACCGGCGGGACCACCACGGCGGCGUCUACGCCGACAACGAGUCCUCAAGGAAGCUGGGAUCUCGGAUCCGGGUCUAGUUCCGGGUCGAGACCCGCAUCGAGGCCAGGAUCAGGAUCCGGGUCGGAUUUCGGAUAUCUUUUGCCGCAGCAUCCGUCGGCGGCGGCGGCGCAGAACAGAGGAUUCGUGAUGUCGGCUACGGUGGAAGGAGUGGGAAAACGGAGUAAACCGGAGGUAGAAGUGGGAGUGACGCACGUGACAUGCACGGAGGAUGCAGCAGCGCACGUGGCGUUGGCUGCGGCGGUGGAUCUGAGUUUGGACGCUUGCAGGCUGUUUUCUCAUAAGCUAAGGAAAGAGCUGAGACAGCAAAGCCAGCUUGGUGUCGUUUGACGUGUUUCGCUUUGUCGUUUUACUAAUUCGUGAGUUGUCUUCCACUCACAAAUUUUUUCUUUCUCCUUUCCAAAAAAUGUUUUUGAAUUUUCUAUUUGUUUUUUAAGGUAGCGUUAGGAAAUUAGCCAGCCAAUUUUUUGAGAGGUGGAUGUCAUCAUUAUUAUAUAACUGUUUAUAUCAUUUUGUACAGCUAAGAAAUGACAGAAACAACUUCUUAUCUCA